AAAAAAAUAAUAGAAUAAAAGAUAUGCCUUAACCACCCCUGCACUGAACUAACCAACUCCAAGUUGAUCUUCUUCCUAUGCCAUUCUCCUAUUUCCCUGUAUCAAUUUAUAGCAAAAAGACUUCUAGCUAUGAGUUGGGUAAUUUGUAGCUAUAAUUUGAUGACAAUUCUGCCUGAGAUGGCAGCAAACCAGGUAGUUGGUAACGCUGCUUCCAGCUAAACUCAGUUGAAAAAGAUUGCUGAGAGAAAGCUUUUCAGGUUUGUUUGGCAAUCCCUGUAUCUUCAUUACUAAAUUCUUCUCAUUAGAGUUUUGUAGAUAUCAAUGGAUCUUCAACAGACCAGUAUAUCACUGCUAUUUACUUUUCUUGCUUUCCUAGUAGUAGUAAUAUUAGCCAAGAAUGUUAGGAAAGGAAGAGUGAAAAACCUCCCUCCUGGAAGCCUGGGCUUGCCUCUGAUUGGCCAAACCCUUGAAUAUGUGAGUGCAAAAGAAUCUAACAAAACCAAGGAGUGGAUUGAAGAGAAGGUUGCCAAAUAUGGCCCUGUUUUCAAAACGUCCCUAAUGGGUUGUCCCACAGUGGUAGUUACUGGCCAAGCAGGAAACAAAUUUCUCUUGCAGAAUGAUUACAGCAUCAUCACGAACAAGAAACCCAUCACAUCAAGCAGGAUUAUUGGGAGGAAAAGCUUAUUUGAACUGGGUGUAGAAGAUCACAAGCGGAUGAGAGGUGCUCUCAUGCAAUUCAUGAAGCCUGAAGCCUUGCAGAAAUUUGUGGGCAGAAUGGAAUCAGUUAUUUUAGAGCAUUUUGCAAAUUGUUGGGAAGGAAAUGAGAGUAUUACAGUGUGGCCAUUGAUGAAGAAGGUCACCUUCCAUGUUGCAAGCAAUCUCUUGUUUAGUUUAAAGGACAGUAAAGAGAGGGAGAGAUUGGGCAAGGAACUUAAUACAGCUGUGAAGGGCCUUCAGUCUCUUCCCUUGGAUUUCCCAGGGACUGCUUUUAACAGGGCCUUAAAGGCUCGUUCUCACAUAUAUGAGCGCUUAUCCUUGCUAUUGGAAACUAGGAGGAAGGAAAUAGAAACAGGUGAGGCUUCACCUUAUCAAGACCUAAUGUCAUGCAUGCUGAAUAUGAAGGAUGAAAAUGACAAGACUCUUACAGAGGAAGAGAUCAUCGACAAUACAAUAUUGGUCAUGAUAGCCGGUCAUGAUACUACCUCUGUUCUUCUCACACAUCUCAUAAGAAUGUUAGCACUACACCCACACAUAUACCAAAACAUCCUUCAGGAGCAUAAAGAUGUUCUGAUAGGGAAGCCCCCAAAUGAGCCCUUAAGAUGGGAAGACAUUCAAAAGAUGAGAUAUACAUGGAAGGUAGCCCUAGAAACACUACGAAUGGUUCCUCCAAUAUUUGGUUUAUUCAAAAGAGCAACUAAAGAUGUACAAUAUGAAGGUUAUACAAUUCCUAAAGGAUGGCAACUAUAUUGUGGCGCAAGUACACAUUGGAGUGAUGAGGUUUUCAAGGAGCCACUCAAGUUUGAUCCAGCUCAUUUUGAUGGGGUAAUUCCAUCAAAUAAUUUCAUAGCAUUUGGUGGAGGGCCUCGCAUUUGUCCAGGCUAUGAUUUCUCAAAGAUAGAGACCAUAAUAUUUAUACAUCAUUUAGUAUCCAAGUACACAUGGUCUAUAAUAGAAGAUGAAAAGAUAAAUGGUAAUCCUUUUCCUAUCCCAGUUAUGGGAUUGCCAAUCAAGCUCAAGGCAAAGACAAUCAAUUAAUUUAUAUAUGGUGUUCUUAAAUUAACAACCUGAAUAUGUAUUUUUAAGUGGCAGGGUUGUCCACCAUAAAGUAUUAGCAUGUUGACUUCAACAUAUCAAAUAUUGCUCAAUCAUAUGAUUAUAUACAUAAGUAAAUCUAUAAUUAUGUAGAAACGAUGUUUUUAAUG